CAUUCUGCUCUAAAUUCCUAAGUCACAUAGUUUUUGAUUGGUUUAUCGUAAUAAUUGCACUGCCAAAUAGAUAAUGACUGACCCGAGCAAAUUGUCCGUCGCUGUGGUCUGUUCAUCGAACAUGAAUCGUUCCAUGGAGGCGCAUAAUUUUCUCGCUAAAAAAGGCUUUAACGUGCGCUCCUACGGCACCGGUGAACGGGUCAAAUUGCCCGGAUUAGCGUUUGAUAAGCCAAAUGUUUACGAAUUUGGCACCAGCUACGAGGAAAUCUACCGCGACUUGGAAUCCAAAGACAAGGAAUUUUACACACAAAACGGACUGCUGCAUAUGCUGGACCGUAAUCGGCGUAUUAAAAAAUGCCCGGAACGUUUUCAAGAAACCAAAGAACAAUUUGAUAUAAUUAUAACGGUAGAGGAGCGUGUUUACGAUUUGGUUGUGAUGCACAUGGUAUCGAUGGACUCUGUUGAUAAUCGACCUGUUCACGUUUUGAACGUUGAUGUUGUCGAUAAUGCGGAGGAUGCAUUGAUGGGCGCAUUUUUAAUAACUGACAUGCUUAAUUUGAUGGCAAAAUCGAACGAUAUCGAUAAUGAUAUCGAUGAAAUGAUACAGGAAUUUGAGGAGCGCAGAAAUCGUGUGAUUUUACACUCGGUUCUUUUUUACUGACAGCCGAAGUUCGAUAACGAUACACUUGCAAACAAUCACCUGCGCUCUACCGAUUAUCAUAAUAGAUUGUACCACAACAAUAACAACAGCAGCAAACAGAAGAAGAAGCACAAGAGGAAGAAGAAGAGCAAUAACAGUUACACGAUUGCGAUUAUCAAAAUCAUCGGGAAUUGUAAAUAUAAAGAGCAGAUCGAUAAAUAACGGACGAUAAAUAAUUUGGGGACGCACCGAACACAAACACACACUCACUUAAAUCGAAUUUCGAAAAAAAAGAAAAAAAAAAGAAAAACCAAUCGAUACAAUAAAAUUGUAAUAUGUGUUUACUGCAUGUGCUACUACAGAUAUAUACAUGUAUAUAGAUAUACAUUUAUAUUAUGAACGCGGCUUUAGACUGUUGUUGUCCUACACAAAAAUCGUGCUAAAAGAUCUAUGUAAUUUUUUUUUUUAAUUUUGUUCUCAUCGUUUUUUUCUAGUUUUAUUGUAAAUAUAAUACAAAGAACUAUUUCGACAUGUCAAA